AUGGCAACAACUUCUAAGAGCGACGUAAAUGGAGUAAACAAGUCAGAGUUAUCACGGAAUAAUGAUACGGAAAUUUUAUUAGCCACGGCCUUGAUUAACGUGAAGAAAGCAGAUGGAACAUUACACACACUGAGAGCUCUAAUUGACCAGGGUUCCCAAAUUUCUAUCAUAACAGAGCAAGCGGCCCAAAUACUUAACAUUAAAAGAGAAAACUGCAAGGGAGUAAUAUAUGGAGUCGGACAGAGAGAGAACAAUUUGAUCAACAAUUUGGACGAUAUAAAACAUUUUUGGGAAGUGGAAGAUAUUGAAGAACAAGGAGAAUUAUCACAGGAAGAACUAAGUUGCAUUAAACAUUACCAAGAAAACGUGAAACGAAACAUAGACGGAAGAUACGAGGUGCGACUUCCCAUGAAGCCUAAUUUUGAGGAAAAAUUAGGAGAAUCGAAAACAAAGGCUAUAGCUCAAUUUAGAAACAUAGAAAGGAAAUUUCAACGGCAAGAAAACUUAGUUAAAGCCUAUAAAACAUUUAUGAGAGAGUACAGUGACCUGCAACAUAUGACACCAGUAAACAGUAAUUCGAAGAACGAGUGUUAUUUGCCACACCACGGAGUGGAGCGGGUCGAAUCAACCACAAUAAAAUACAGGGUUGUAUUUAAUGCGUCCGCCAAAACGUCCACAGGAUGCUCAUUAAAUGACCUGAUGUACACUGGACCGAACUUACAACAGGAUUUGCAGUCGCUUUUGAUAAAGUGGAGACAAUACAAGUAUGCCUUUACUGCCGACAUCGAAAAAAUGUACCGACAGAUACUGGUAAACGAAGAGGACCAGCCACUGCAACGAAUAAUAUGGAGAGAGAGUCCAGAACAACCCUUACAAACAUUUCAACUUAAAACAGUAACAUAUGGCACAAAAGGCGCACCGUUUUUGGCCAUGAUGACUUUACGUAAACUAGCGACAGAUGAAAGGCACAAUUUCCCUAACGCAGCGAAAGUAGUAGAGGAGUCAUUUUACAUGGAUGACUUAGUACAUGGGUGUUAUACUAUUGAACAAGCGACUGAACUAAUUGACGAAUUAAUCAAACUUAUGAAGUCGGGAGGAUUUAACUUGCGGAAGUGGUCGUCAAAUAAUGAACAGGUAUUAGAAAAUAUAAACAUUGAAGAAAACAGAGAAGAAACAGUUUUUAAAUUCAAAACAGAGAGCGUGUCAAAAACACUUGGUUUGUGCUGGAACCCAACCAACGAUAUAUUCUUAUUCAAAUGUAACAUAUCCAAAUUAUCGCCUAAACCAACAAAAAGAAACCUUUUAUCUGAAAUAUCUAAACUUUUCGACCCCUUAGGUUGGUUGUCACCCAUCAGCACAAAACUAAAAAUUAUAUUCCAGAAAGUCUGGAAAGAAAACACUCAUUGGGACAAGCGGGUGUCAGAUGACAUCUAUGACGCGUGGUCUAAAGUACAAGCAGACAUUUACAGAAUAAACGACUGCAAAGUGCCUAGAUGGAUAUCAUCGAAUGAGAAUGACGUCAUUGAACUACAUGGGUUCUGUGACGCUUCUAUCGAGGCAUAUGCUUGUGUGGUAUACGCGAGAGUGAAAAACACUAACAACGUAAUAUUGAUCGCCGGAAAAUCAAAACUUGUACCACACAAGAAAACACUAACAUUACCGAGAUUGGAGCUGAGCGGUGCUUAUUUAUUAUCGAAGCUCAUGAAUAAAGUAAAACAAUCACUAAACAAACAUUUAAUCGAAACAUUUGGAUGGACGGAUUCUAAGAUCGUUCUCGGUUGGUUGCAAGGUGAACCUAAUCGCUGGAAGCCUUUCGUUGCCAACCGAGUAAAACAAAUACAAGAAGUGAUGCCUGAGAACGAGUGGAGGUAUGUAAAAUCAUCAGAGAAUCCGGCGGAUACUGCAAGCCGAGGCCUGACAGCAUCUCAAUUAGUCGAACAUUCACUAUGGUGGCAAGGUCCGGAGUGGUUGCCCACAUUUACACCUGAAAAUGAAAAUCAAACAUUUAACACUACAGAAGAGGAGAAAAAGUCAUACUCGAUAAAUGCAGUUCAAGAAAAAGCAGAUAAUAACAUAAUCGACCGUUUACUAGAAAAACAUAACACGUUCAGGAAAGUGCAACAAUUGCAGAAAGCUAAGUCAGUGAUUAUAAAACAUGUGCAGUUGAAUGAAUUUAGAACGGAAAUAAACUACUUACGUAAACAUGAAAAGGUUGAAUCGAAGAGCAGUCUUUUACAUUUAAAUCCAUUUAUUGACGGAGAAGACAUCUUGCGAGUUGGAGGUCGCUUGAGAGAAGCAAACAUUUCGGCGGAAAUGAGGCACCCAAAAAUCAUACCGAAGGAGUCUCGUUUGACCACACUACUAAUUGACUGGGCACAUAAAGAUACUUUUCAUGGAGGAGCUACGGUGACGAUGGCCAAGCUGAGGCAAGAGUAUUGGAUUCCAGGAGGGAACAACGUGGUGAAGAAACAAUUGAGGCAGUGUGUGACGUGCCGUAGAAAUGAAGGAAAGAGGCAGCAACAACUGAUGGGAGAUUUGCCUGCAGCUAGAGUCAACGAAGCGACGCCAUUCUACCACACUGGAGUGGACUAUACCAGGUUUGUUGACAUCAAGGCCAACAAGGGACGGGGAAUGAAAACACUAAAGGGCUACAUUGCUAUUUUCAUAUGUAUGGUGACCAAAGCCGUGCAUUUGGAAUUAGUGACGGAGCUUACAAGUUCAGCGUUUCUUGCUGCGCUACGACGUAUGUCUGCAAGAAGAGGAGCCCCGCGUCACUUAUACAGUGACAACGGAACAAACUUCGUUGGCGCUAACAGGAUACUGCAAGAAGAGUGGCAGCAACUUCGUAACAUCUUCAAAGACAGUUUUCUUAACGAAGUAACAGAGAUGCAAAUAGAGUGGCAUUUUAACGCCCCAUCCUGGCCUAGUGCUGGAGGUCUGUGGGAGCGUGCCGUACGGAGCCUGAAACACCACUUGAAGAGAGUUAUAGGAGAACAGAAGCUUACAUUCGAGGAGUACGCCACCAUGUUAUGCCAGCUCGAAGCUUGUCUCAACUCACGACCAUUGUGUUCGCUAACCGAGAAUAUAGACGACAUAGAGUUCCUCACACCAGCUAGUUUUCUGACAGGAAGGUCAGGUGUCACCGUCAUUGAAACAGAAGAAGACGGAAGAUCGCGGUGGGCCCUAACUCAGAAAAUAUUCAGCGAUACCUGGAAGAAAUGGAAAAUAGAAUACUUGAGCCAGUUAACAGCAAGGCGAAAAUGGCAAACGCCACAACAUAACAUUACAAUCGGAGAUGUAGUCGUGAUUCAUGAAGAAAACUUACCACCAGGGAAAUGGGCGUUGGGCAGAGUUGUGGAAACUCAUCCGGGGUGCGACGGAUACACUAGAGUGGUGACAUUAAAAACAAAAAACGGAGUGAUGAAGAGGCCAGUAGUGAAACUGGCUGUAUUACCAUUAGAAAAAUCUAAACAAGAAAAAGAAACGACAUGUGAGGAAGAUAACAGUGAUGAUAAGGAAAAAAAAACUACAAACACUAUGGCAAAAGUAAUAUCAACUGCUGAGAGCAUGUCCCAAUUCACGGUGGUCGCCAUGGCAGCUAAUAAUCUAUUAACACAUUUGAGAAACAUUCAAGAAGCCUUACUAGAUACUAUCACCAACGUUUAUGACGGCAAAAUGAACAUUCACAUUAUCGAUCCCCAACAACUGCAACUAGAACUGAAACUAUAUCCAGACAGCUAG